CCUAAAAACAGAAUAUCUUUUCGUUGACCGGCAGCAACCCAAAGUGUGCUAAACCUGUUUAUACAUCACGUAUGUAAACGUUUACUAAGACUUGCCCCUUUGGAUAUAUGGGUAGCGAGCCGCAAGUAAAGCAUGUUGAAAUAGCCGCUGGGUUUUGGAAGUCCUGCUAACAUGGCAGCAUAUUGGGCUGGCAAAAUAAGGGAAAUAAUAUUUUGGAAAUAAAAUAAUUUAUAAAGACAGAGUCUGAUGAAGGACUGCCUCUUUGUGAAGGCUGGAUGUGAUGGCCCUGGAUUUCUUACUUAGCAAAAUAAGAAAAAAGCACCAUAUACGUGUUACCUUUUUAUGCAUCUUGGUGAGUUGAAAAAUUACAGUCUCAGACUUUUGGCUCAGGCAGAACCUGUCCAGGCCAGGAAAUCUUCACGUGUCAGGAGGACUAGAUCAUCCUGAAAGGUUAACUGGCUUAUUGGAACCACCAUUCAUUUUUGUGUAGUCACCCUAGACAAUGGGUGAAAAUGAAGAAGAAAAAAAUAUCCAGGCAGGGCAGCUUUUUGAGAACUUUGUACAAGCAUCAACCUGCAAAGGAACUUUGCAGUCCUUUAACAUCCUCUGUCGCCAUCUUGAACUUGAUACCCAGGACUACCGAAAUUUUUAUACCAACCUCAAAUCGAAAGUAUGUACUUGGAAAGCUAAAGGCCUGUGGAGCAAGCUGGACAAAAGAGCUAGCCAUAAGGAAUAUAAACGCGGGAAAGCAUGCUUACAAACAAAGUGUUUAAUUAUUGGAGGUGGACCGUGUGGACUUAGGACUGCCAUUGAACUAUCCUUACUUGGAGCCAAAGUAGUAGUAAUAGAAAAGAGAGACUCAUUUUCUCGAAACAAUGUAUUACAUUUGUGGCCUUACACAAUCCAUGAUCUUCGAGCACUUGGAGCCAAAAAGUUCUAUGGAAAAUUCUGUGCUGGAUCUAUUGAUCACAUCAGUAUUCGACAACUUCAGCUUAUGCUUCUGAAAGUUGCCCUUAUUCUUGGUGUGGAAAUCCAUGUGAAUGUUGAGUUUGUAAAACUCCUGGAACCUCCUGAGGACCAAGAGAAUGAAAGAAUCAGUUGGAGAGCAGAAGUGAAUCCAGUGGACCACUAUGUAUCCAAGUUUGAUUUUGAUAUAAUCAUUGGUGCAGAUGGACGACGAAGCACUUUAGAUGGUUUCAGAAGGAAAGAAUUUCGUGGAAAGCUAGCUAUAGCCAUAACUGCCAACUUUAUAAACAGAAAUACAACUGCCGAAGCCAAGGUUGAAGAAAUUAGUGGUGUGGCAUUCAUCUUUAACCAGAAGUUCUUUCAGGACCUUAAAGAGGAAACAGGAAUUGAUCUAGAGAAUAUUGUUUACUAUAAGGAUAACACCCACUACUUUGUGAUGACAGCCAAGAAACAGAGCCUGUUGGACAAAGGAGUCAUUCUCAAUGAUUACAUUGAUACUGAAGUUCUUCUCAGCAGUGACAAUGUCGACCAAGAAGCUCUGCAGUCUUAUGCAAGAGAAGCUGCUGAUUUUGCUACUAACUACCAGCUGCCCACCUUGGACUUUGCAAUUAACCAUUAUGGACAGCCUGAUGUGGACAUGUUUGAUUUUACAUGCAUGUAUGCAUCUGAAAAUGCAGCACUGGUUCGGGAGCGGCAAGGACAUAAGUUAAUAGUAGCGCUUGUUGGCGACAGUUUACUGGAGCCCUUUUGGCCAAUGGGAACUGGUUGCGCAAGGGGAUUCUUGGCUGCCUUUGACACUGCGUGGAUGGUACGGAACUGGUCUCAGGGAGUAUCUCCUCUGGAGCUUCUAGCAGAAAGGGAGAGCAUUUAUCGAUUGUUGCCUCAGACAACACCAGAAAACAUUAGUAAAAACUUUGAUCAGUAUACUCUUGAUCCGGGCACUCGUUACCCAAAUCUGAAUUCAAACUGUGUGCGACCUCAUCAGGUGCGACAUCUCUAUGUGACAGAUGAGCUGCAGAACUGUACUAUUGAGAGAUCAAGUUCUCUGAAAAGAUCUGUCAGAGUAAAAAGACACGAAUCUGAUAUACGUCCCAACAAGCUUUUAACAUGGUGCCAACAGCAGACAGAGGGCUAUAAGAAUGUCAGUGUUACAAAUCUAACAACCUCCUGGAAGAGUGGCCUAGCACUGUGUGCACUCAUCCAUCACUUCAAACCAGAGCUUAUUGACUUUGAUUCACUGAAUGAAGAAGCUGUGGCUAAAAACAACCAGUUGGCCUUUGACAUUGCUGAACAGGAACUAGGAAUCCCACCCAUCACCACCGGGAAAGAAAUGGCAUCUGUGGAGGAGCCUGAUAAACUAAGCAUGGUCAUGUAUCUGUCCAAAUUCUACAUGCUUUUCAGAGCUAUGCCUCUGACAUCUGCUGAUAUAUACAUCAGAGAGAACGGUGACAGGAAUGAACCAAAAAGAUCACACUCCCUUCCAAGUAAUUAUCAAAAUCUAACAUUGCCAAGAAAGCGAAUACCAAAGGAAAAUAAAACAACUGAAGACGAUGCACUAAGCAAGCGAAGAAGGAAAGGCUUUGCAACAGCCGAUGAGCCUACAAGCUUUUCCAAUCAGAGUGCUAGUUCUGGGAGUGAAUGUGGUGAAACUAAAGAAGUUAUCAACCAGAACAAAGUAAAGUCAAUGGCAACACAGCUGCUGGCAAAAUUUGAAGAAAAUGCUCCAAUCUCAUCAGUCCGGAGACAGCUGGCAGAGUCUUCAAAUUCAAUGGAAUUACAGCUUACAAAUUCUGAUACAACUCUUCACCCACGCUUUGCUAGACCAAAGGAAGUAAUUCCUUCUCCAAAUCCUCCAAAAAGACAGUUUCAGGCAGUUGUUAGUACUGACUAUUUGGUCAGACAGCCGAAGCAUUUAAUGAAUUCAACUGACUACAGGUCAAGACAAUCAAAAAGUAGGGAAAAAGAUCAAAAUCACCCGCAGAGUGAAAGUGCAGACCAUUUCACAUCUGCUCGUUCUUCUGUGAUAGCAGCUACAGGCAUUCUUCAGCGCCUGCAGAGGCUUGAAGACAAACUUGAACAGAAGAGAGCUCAAAUUUUAGAAGCUAGAACAUUUCAGAAAAAGAGUAUUAAAGACAGAGCAGCGAUCCUUGCUUCCAAAUUUGCAGAUACAACUUCUUCCAAACAACAGAAUUCUGUGCCUGCAGUAUGCCUUUCCCAUGUACACUCUGCAGUUGUUUCCUCCUGCUCUUCUAACAAUCUGGCUACCACUUCACUUCCUCUGUGCAUUUCAUCUGCUUCUGAGCCUCUUAGACAGACAAAUGGAAUUAAAAAUUUAGCAAAGAACCUGGAAAAACUGUUUUCCAAAGUGGACACACCAGAGGUUUCUGUGAAAAAUGAAAAGAGGACUGGCUUUAUUAACCACUACACAGGUGAAAAGGCAACAUCAAAACAAAAAGUAAACCCCACCUGUCAGGGCCAGAUGACAGUAGGGAAGGUAUCAGCCACAAUAGGUGCCAGAGCUGAAGUACUUGUCAGUCUUUAUGAAAACGAUCAUAGGCCUCGACCAUGCACUAAAUCGUCAGUGCAGCAAAAGUCUGCAGGUGCAGCUCUCUCCCUUCCAUCCUGCUCUGACUCUUCUUCUGUUGAUGUUUCCUCCUGUGCUUUCCCUGUUGAAGAUUUCAAGUCUGCAACAAGAAAAGUGUCAUCAGAAAUAGGAUACAGAACUCAGGUUCUUCUCGAUCUUUAUGAGCAUGAUCAUAAGCCUCAAAAAUGCAACAAAUACCAGUCUCAGUGCUUCUCAGUGGAUAGAACUGAUUCUCUUUCAUCCUGUCCUGAUUCUGUUGGCUUUUCUUCUGUUGCUGCUCUUCCUGAUGAAGACUUCCAGGCAUCUUUACGUAAGGAGUUUCCCCAGAACUUUGGAGGAAGUGAUAUCUGCUAUUUCUGUAAGAAGAGAGUGUACGUCAUGGAGAGACUGAGUGCUGAAGGUCAAUUCUUUCACAGGGAGUGCUUCAGAUGUGAGUUCUGUGGUACUACACUACGACUUGGAAUUUAUGCUUUUGAUGCAGAUGAAGGGAAAUUUUACUGCAAACCUCACUUCGCCUAUUGUAAAACAAGUAAUAAGCAAAGGAAGAGGCGACAAGAACUCGAGAUGGAAACAAAGGCUGAUGGAUCAAUGCAGGAGGAAGAACCAAAGCAUUCUAAAAUGAACACUGAAGACAUUUCUGAGGCAGCUAACAGUAUGACGGAGAGACAUCCAGACUCACCUUUACAAAAAUGUGAUGAACCUACACAACCAAAAAAGUCUAAGAAUGAUUUGUACAGCAGUAGCUGUGAGGGCCAGUCUUCUGUCAUAUCUGAGUGGACUACAGUAAGAGUCAUCCCAGAGGAAGAAAUGGCAGAGCACAACCUCUUGGCUGUCAGAGUCAUGAUAAACAGUGAUGAAACCAGCUCAGAAUCAGAGUCUGAACCACAAGGGAAAUUACUUAGUUCUCAGAAGUUUGCUCCUGUCACAGCUUCUCCCUUCAAUCCUGCCAAAAACAGUGAUUAUUUGCGAAGGCAUGCAUCUCUGAACAACAGUAGUGUAAACAGGGAAGAAAGCAGUAUACGCUCCAAGGCUGCUGAUGCACUUCAGAGAGCUCAUAGUUUUCACUCUACCACGUAUGAAAGAUAUCAGAGUUGGAGAAGUAAAUUUAAAAUGACAUUGCCAGUAUUUGCUCGUAAAGGGCCAGAGCUAUCUUCCACAGAGAAGCCUAGUAGCUCACAUGCAUUUCAAGAGUGCAGCUCUGAACCUCAGGAAUCCUUGACAGUAUAUCAAAGGGAACAGUCUAAAUUUCAUAUCCCAAAAUUUAUAAAGCAAAAUGUCAAGCUUCAGGAGUCUUCAGUUCCAGCCUAUAUACCACAUGGUAAGGAUAUUACCACUGUACAAAAUAUAAACCACAAAGACAAUGUCCAGACAAACCUAUUAGAAUCUUCUGUAGAAUACAGAGGGAAAACUGCAUCCAUAUAUGGUCAGGAAGGCAAAUAUUUAAGUAGCGCUGAUGAGUAUACACAAUCAUCAGAAACUGCGACACAGAAACAUACCAGUCAGGAUCCUUUCAUUGUGGGAAAAAAAGACUAUAACACAAUACAAGAUGAACCUAAAAAUAACCAAGGGCUACUUUCAAUGAAGAAGGCAGCUUAUCUUUCAUUUCAGAAACCAAAGUUUCACUGGCAACAUGAGCCACUUGGAAAUGGACACAGAAAUAAAAUCCAUGUGAAAAAAACGUCCUCUGAAAGCGCUAUAAUAAAAGGAAGCAUUGACAGAGAAACAGAGAAACCAAGUGAUUCUUCAGCAUUACCUAUGUCAAACAGAAAGGCUUCACCACCUUUAUCUGAAGGCCAGAAUGGUUUAUCAGUACCACUGAAAGACAAAAACAGUACAGUGGGAGGAACAGAUGAUGCACCUCUUUCUCCACUGAAGUUAUUGGCCAAUGCUGUAAGACGAUCCUUCACAAGCUGGAGCUCUUCCUCAUCCUCCCCAGAACAAUCUAGAAAAGCUAAUAAAGUGAGUGAUUCUUCAUUUAGUAGGGAUACAGAGAACAUUGAUUUGGAUGUGGAAGAUGGGACUGAUGUAUCUCACAUGGGUCAAACAAGAAAAUACUCUGAAAAUAAAGACUCUGCUGCCAAUCACAACUCUGCAUUGGAGAAAGAUAAAGAUAUUUCAUCCAUUGAUGAAAUAACUGAGAAUUCCUUUUUGGACUCUUCACCACCCGAUAAAGCUUCAGGUGAUACCACUAAGUAUGUUUAUGGAACAUGUCAAAAUAACAAGCUGGAAGAUGUUGUGCAAAAACUUUUAGAGAAAAUUUCACUUAAAGAUCGCAACCCUGUCACAAACAAUACCGACUUUGGGUCAACCCAGUUUUCUGUCAGCAGUCACAGUUCCAAGGAUGACUAUAUAUCAUCUAGUGAUGAAUCCGGAAGAAAGUCUGCAACAAAGUUAAAGAUGGAUAGGUAUCCAAGAAAGAAAAAACGGCAUACUACAGCAAAAUACAAGGAAAAGCAGGAAGAACUUCAAAGACUUCACCGAGCACAG